GGGGUGAUAGCAUUCAGGUCCACGAGGAAAUUUUCUUCCCUGCAGCUCCUCUAACAUAGAAGGGAGAUCGAGCCAGAGAUCACUGGGAAGGCAGUGACCAUGCCGACCUCCUCCACUCAGCUGCCAGCCCUUGACUCUAUCAACACCACCCAGCAACCCAACUCCAGCAUCUACUUGUUCUCCAAGUUCAUCCACCCUGACACAGAACUGUACACAGAAUUCUACAGCCUAUGGAUUGCCCUGAUGGUGGUCAAUGCCAUCAUUUUCCUGGUGGGUGUUGUGCUGAACAGCUUGGCACUGUAUGUCUUCUGCUUCCGUACCAAGACGAAAACCACCUCUGUUAUUUACACCAUCAACUUGAUUGUAACUGAUCUCUUGGUGGGCUUUUCCUUGCCUGUCCGGAUCAUCAUGUUCUACAGCACAGGGGACUGCCUCAAUUGUUCCUUGGUUCAUAUCUUUGGCUACUUUGUCAACAUGUACUGCAGCAUCCUCUUCUUGACGUGCAUCUGCGUUGACCGCUACCUGGCAAUCGUGCAGGUGGAGGCCUCACGUAAAUGGAGGAACCCCACAUGUGCCAAGGGGAUCUGUGUCUUCAUUUGGAUCUUUGCCACUGCGGUAACUUUCUCCAUCCUGACCAUGGCAAUACAGUUUGCUGAGUGCUGCCUCUCCAAGAUUCUGGUCCUGAUGGUGUGCGAGUACUUCUUCCCCCUCAUCAUCAUCAUCUUCUUCACCACCAGGAUUAUGUGUGCUCUGUCCAAGCCCAGCCUCAUGCACCAGAGUCGGGAGAGGAGAAUGAGGGCUGUGCAACUCCUUAUCACUGUCCUCAUCAUCUUCAUGAUCUGCUUCACUCCUUUUCACGUGCGACAGGUAGCAAUCUCCAUCAACCCAGACAUGCCCCAUGGUGUCAGCCGCCUCGUCUACCAUGUGACAGUGACUCUGAGUAGCCUCAAUAGCUGCAUGGACCCCAUCGUCUACUGCUUUGUCACCAAUAACUUCCAGUCGACCAUGAAAAACAUCUUUAGGAAAACCGAGCCAGAGCAAACCAGUGUGGACAUCCUGGGCAUGAAAAAGAACUCCAAGGCCCCCAAUGCAAUCAUCGCCUUCUCAAACACAAUAGGAAGCCCUGUGAGCUUGCCAUCACCAAGCAGUGUCCAGAUAUAA